GGCUUUGAGAUCCAGUGGCGUUAAAUAGGAUGGUGUGCCAUGGACAGGAUGAGGCAAAAUCUUGAGCUUCUCAGAUCUCAUCCUUCGGGAGCGUUUCAAACAUAGAGAACCUUUUCAGAAUUUAGGUCUCUUUAAAGCAGAGUUGUGCUAAAAAGGUAGCUAUUUCUAGCUGAAAACUGUUAUUUUUGUCGAAUUUGGGAUUCUGAAGAGAUCUGUUUGCUGAAUCCAAGCGGAAGGCUACGUGGUACGCAAUUGGGUUUUGUUUGAAUUUGGUGCCAGCAUUUGGAUUAUUUUCUAGGUGGUGGUCAGGACAUUAAGGUCAUAAUGAAGGCUCUCAUAUUGGUUGGUGGUUUCGGAACCCGUCUUCGUCCCUUGACACUGAGUGUCCCCAAGCCUCUGGUGGACUUUGCAAAUAAACCAAUGAUCUUGCACCAGAUAGAAGCACUCAAAGCUACCGGUGUUGAUGAAGUUGUACUAGCCAUCAAUUAUCAGCCUGAGGUUAUGCUAAGCUUCUUGAAGGACUUCGAAUCAAAAAUUGGGAUUAAAAUUACAUGUUCUCAGGAAACUGAGCCCAUGGGUACUGCAGGGCCUUUAGCCCUUGCAAGAGACAAGCUAAUAGAUGGAUCUGGAGCACCAUUUUUUGUUUUGAACAGUGAUGUCAUUAGCGAAUACCCAUUAAAGCAAAUGAUUGAAUUUCAUGCAAAACAUGGAGGGGAAGCAUCUAUCAUGGUGACCAAGGUUGAUGAACCAUCCAAAUAUGGUGUUGUGGUCCUCGAUGAUGAGACAGGGCAGGUAGAGAGGUUUGUGGAGAAGCCCAAAAUUUUUGUUGGCAACAAGAUCAAUGCAGGAAUAUACCUUCUGAACCCUAGUGUUUUAAACCGAAUCUCAUUGAGACCUACAUCCAUAGAAAAGGAAGUGUUCCCAAAAAUUGCAGACGAGAAGAAGCUAUUUGCUAUGGUCUUGCCUGGUUUCUGGAUGGAUAUUGGGCAACCCAAAGACUAUAUUUCAGGCUUGAGGUUGUAUCUAGAUUCUCUUCGGAGAAAAUUCUCUGAAAAGUUAGCAAAUGGAUCUCACAUUGUUGGAAAUGUGAUAAUUGACAAUACUGCAAAGGUAGGUGAUGGUUGCUUGAUUGGGCCAGAUGUGGCGAUUGGCCCAGGUUGUGUGAUUGAGGCAGGGGUGAGAUUGUCACGUUGCACCAUUAUGCGUGGGGUUCGCAUUAAGAAGCAUGCUUGUGUCUCUGGCAGCAUCAUUGGUUGGCAUUCUACUGUUGGUCAGUGGGCUCGGGUUGAAAACAUGACUAUAUUGGGAGAGGAUGUGCAUGUUUCUGAUGAGGUAUACAGCAAUGGAGGAGUGGUGCUUCCCCAUAAGGAAAUUAAAUCCAGUAUUCUCAAGCCAGAAAUUGUCAUGUGAUCACAGAGCUGAAGCAGUUGCAGUUGACUACUCGAUGAAGUAAUAAUGAUGCCCAUGUUGUAGAUUUGGGGGCUGAUUCACUACGGCUAUGUCUUCUUCUCUUCCAUUCUGUUUUUUCUUUGUUUUCUGGAGAGAGGAUGCGGGGUUCAGAUUAGACUUGCACUUUGUUAUGUAAUCUUCCACUACUUGGCAGUGGAAAUAUUGUUUAGAGCAUUGGAGGGGGGAAUUAAUUUACUUACAGAGUACUGUGCAUUAAUUAUCGUGCUUGUUUGUGGUUGCAUCCACUUGUAGAUAAGGAUUUGAGCAGGCAAGGGUUUGUAACAGCUCUCAAGUUAAAAUGAUAUUGAAUAAUUAUAUCCAGAUCAGGAUUUGUAAUAUCAA